AUGGCCAAUGCCUCCCCAGACCUGGACAACGCCGAUGCCCAGCGCCAGCUCAACAACAACAACCGACCAAUCAGCUCAGGCCUCUGGGAGACGGAGUGCACCAGCGCCAAGCUGUUCGAGUGCUCCCGCAUCAAGGCCCUGGCAGAUGAGCGCGAUGCGGUGCAGAAGAAGACCUUCACCAAGUGGGUCAACUCCCACCUGGCCAGGGUGUCCUGUCGCAUCGCCGACCUCUACAACGACCUGAGGGAUGGAUACAUGCUCACCAGGCUGCUGGAGGUGCUCAGCGGAGAGCUGCUGCCGAGGCCGACGCGCGGCCGCAUGCGGAUCCACUGUCUGGAGAACGUGGACAAGGCGCUGCAGUUCCUCAAGGAGCAGCGGGUUCACCUGGAGAACGUCGGCUCCCAUGACAUUGUUGAUGGAAACCACCGCCUCACGCUGGGCCUCAUCUGGACCAUCAUCCUACGCUUCCAGAUCCAGGUGAUCAAGAUCGAGACAGAGGACAACAGAGAGACUCGCUCUGCCAAGGAUGCCCUGCUGCUCUGGUGCCAGAUGAAGACCGCAGGGUAUCCUGAGGUCAACAUCCAGAACUUCACCACCUGCUGGAGGGACGGCCUGGCCUUCAACGCCCUCAUCCACAGACACAGACCCGACCUGAUCGAGUUCCACAAGCUGACGCGCUCCAACGCCACGCACAACCUCCAGCAGGCCUUCAACAUCGCCGAGCAGAGCCUGGGCCUCACCAAGCUGCUGGACCCCGAGGAUGUGAACACAGAAAACCCAGAUGAGAAGUCCAUCAUCACCUAUGUGGUGUCCUACUACCACUACUUCUCCAAGAUGAAGGCUCUUAUUGUGGAGGGCAAGAGAGUCGGCAAGGUGUUAGACAACUGUAUUGAGGCAGAGAAGAUCAUAAACCGGUACGAGGCUCUGGCGUCAGACCUGCUGGACUGGAUAGAGAAGACCAUCGCGGUCAUCAGUAACCAGAAGUUUGCCAACUCUCUGACGGGAGUGCAGCAGCAGCUGCAGGCCUUCACCACCUACUGCACCAUCGAGAAGCCCAUCAAGUUCCAGGAGAAGGGGAACCUUGAGGUCCUUCUCUUCACCAUCCAAAGCAAACUGAGAGCCAACAACCAGAAGCCCUACGUGCCUAACGACGGGAAGCUCAUCUCCGACAUCAACAAGGCCUGGGAGAGGCUGGAGAAGGCGGAGCAUGAGAGGGGCGUGGCUCUGCGCAAGGAGCUGAUUCGUCAGGAGAAACUGGAGCUGCUGGCUCAGCGCUUCGACCACAAGACCACCAUGAGGCAAGCCUGGCUCAACGAGAACCAGAGGCUGGUGUCGCAGGAUAACUUCGGCUACGACCUGCCGGCGGUGGAGGCGGCCAUGAAGAAGCACGAGGCCAUCGAAGCGGACAUCGCCUCGUACGAGGAGCGGAUCGGCGUGGUGGUGGAGCUGGCGGCCGAGAUGGAGGCGGAGGGAUACUACGACAUCCGGCGAAUCCUGGCACGCAAGGAGAAUAUCCUGGGGCAGUGGAGUCUGCUGAAGGAGCUGGUGGUGGGGAGGAAGGCCCGGCUGGAGAAGAACCUGGCCCUGCAGAAGACCUUCCAGGACAUGGUGUACAUGAUCGACUGGAUGGAGGACAUGCAGGUCCAGCUGCUGUCCAAGGACUUUGGGAAGCAUCUGCUGGAGGUGGACGACCUGCUGCAGAAACACAGCCUGCAGGAGGCCGACAUCAGCGUGCAGGCCGAGCGGGUGGAGACACUCAACGCCGCCGCGCUCAAAUUCACCACAAUCGAGGGUUACCAGCCGUGCGACCCGCAGGUGAUCUGCAACCGCGUCAACCACGUCUCGUCCUGCCUGGAGGAGCUCAAGCAGCUGGCGGUGAAGAGACGGGCCGAGCUGGAGGAGUCCCGGCAGCUGUGGGCCUUCUUUCAGGAGCUGGAGGAGUCGGAGGCCUGGAUCCGGGAGAAGAGCUCCAUCCUGGGGGCUCAGGGCUACGGGAAGGACCUGAGCAGCGUGCUGAGGCUCCUGCAGAAACACAAGACGCUGGCUGGAGAACUGCUGGCUCACCGCUCGCUGCUGCAGAACACCAUGAAGCGGGGGAAGCAGAUCCUGAGUGAGAAGAGCUUUGGCACCGCCGGGAUCCAGGAGCGCAUCAUGGAGGUGAAGGGGGAGUGGAAGCGGCUGGAGGACCAGGCCGCGCAGCGCCUCGGCCACCUGCAGGAGGCGCUCAACUUCUUCCAGUUCUCCACCGAGACAGAUGACCUGCUGGCCUGGCUGCAGGACGCCUACCGCCUGGUGUCCAGCGAGGACUUCGGCCACGACGAGUACUCCACCCAGUCGCUGCUGAAGAAGCACCGCGGCGUCCGGGAGGCCAUCGAUAAGCACCGCCUGCACGUGGUGACGCUGCGUAAACACAUGGUGGCGCUGCCGCUGCAGUACCGUGAGCAGGAGGAGGUGCAGGUGCGUAUGGGCGAGGCGGAGCAGCUGUACGCCGAGGUGGCCGAGGUGGCGGUGCUCAGGCAGCAGUGGCUCCACGACGCGCUCGCCGUCUACCACAUGUUCAGCGAGGUGAACGCCUGCGAGCUGUGGAUCGACGAGAAGGAGCAGUGGCUGGACAAGAUGGAGAUCCCCGAGAGGCUGGAGGAUGUGGAGGUGGUGGCCCACCGGUUUGAGAGUCUGGACCAGGAGAUGAACAGCCUGAUGGGAAGGAUCCUGGACGUUAACCAGAUCGUGCAGCAGCUCCUGGAUGGAGGUCAUCCGUCUUCGACAGAGGUCAGAGGCUGUCAGGACCACCUGAACUCCAGGUGGAAUCAGAUCGUGGAGCUGGUUGAGCAGAAGAAGGAUCACCUGGACUCGGUGCUGCGCCUCCAGAACUACCUGCUGGAGUGCGCUGAGAUCAAGUCCCAGAUCCAGGACAAGAGGAAGGCCAUCGACGCCACCCAGUACGUGGGCAGCGACCUGGGAGGAGUGCUGGCGCUGCAGAGACGCCUCUCCACCAUGGAGGGGGCGCUGUCGGUCCUGGAGCCCAAACUGCUGCAUCUGCAGGAGGAGGCGGAGCAUCUGGCCACCGCCCACCCGGAUCGGGCCAUGGAGGUCCUGGUGCCGUUCGAAGGCAUCAGCGUGGAGUGGGAGGAGCUAAAGCGAACGCUGCAGGGCUGCGAGGACUCGCUGAUGGUGGCGGGCAGGCUGCAGACCUUCAUUCAGGACCUGGACUCGUUCCUGACCUGGCUGGUUCAGACACAGACGGCUGCAGCUUCAGACCAGCUGCCCAACGCGCUGGAGGAGGCCGAGAGGCUCAUCAACAAACACGCCGCCCUCAAGGAGGAGAUCAGCCGGUAUGAGGAAGACUACGAACGGCUGCAGGCGGUGAACGAGCUGCUGGAGUCGGAGGAGGCGCCGCUGCCCCACGCCGCCCUGCAGCAGUGGCUCCAGAAGCUCGACGUCGGCUGGAACAAGCUGCUGGAGAUGUGGGAGAGCAGGAGGGAGGUUCUGGUCCAGGCCCACAUCUUCCACCUGUUCCUGCGCGACGUCAAGCAGGCGGAGUCCUUCCUCAACAACCAGGAGUCGGCGCUCGCCCACAUAGAGCUGCCCACCACAGUAGAAACAGUGGAAGCGGCCAUAAAGAAACACAAGGACUUCACCACCACCAUGGAGCUGAACCUGCACAGGAUCAAGGCCGUCAUCGAGGCCGGCGAGAGUCUGAUCAGCCAGAACAACAUCUACUCUGAACGCAUCCGGGAGCGGGUCGACACGCUCGCCAACAGGGGGAACCAGAACAGAGAGCUGGCCCAGCAGUGGCUGGAGAAACUCAACGACCAGUGGGAGCUUCAGAGGUUCCUUCAGGACUGUCACGAGCUGGGGGACUGGGUGUGUGAGAAGAUGCUGAUGGCGAGGGACAGCAGCCGGGACGAGACCCAGAAGCUCCACAAGAAAUGGCUGAAGCACCAGGCCUUCAUGGCCGAGCUGGCCCAGAAUAAGGAAUGGCUGGAGAAGAUCGAGAGGGAGGGUCAGCAGCUGAUCCAGGAGAAGCCGGAGCUGAGCCCGGUGGUCCGGAGGAAGCUGGGGGAGAUCAGGGAGUGCUGGCAGGAUCUGGAGAGCACCACGCAGGCCAAGGCCCGCCAGCUCUUCGAGGCCAACAAGGCCGACCUGCUGGUGCAGAGCUACAGCAGCCUGGACCAGAGACUGGACCAGCUGGAGGGCCAGCUGGCCUACGUCGACCAGGGACAGGACCUCACCUCCGUCAACAAGCAGCUCAAAAAGCUACAGACCAUGGAGACCCAGAUGGAGGAGUGGUACAAGGAGGUGGGGGACCUCCAGGUGCAGGCGGCCUCCAUGCCGCAGCAGGGGCAGAUCAAGGAGACGGUUGCCGGGCGACAGGCCGCCGUGGAGACCAGGAUGGUUCGUCUGAUCGAGCCGCUGAAGGAGAGGCGGCGCAUCCUGCUGGCGUCCAAAGAAGUUCACCAAGUAGGACGGGACCUGGAGGACGAGAUACUGUGGGUGCAGGAGCGCCUCCCGAUGGCCACGGCGCAGGAGCACGGCUCCAGCCUGCAGGCGGUCCAGCAGCUCAUGAAGAAGAACCAGACGCUCCAGCGGGAGCUGCAGGGCCACAGGAGCCGGAUAGAGGACGUCCUGGAGAGGGCGGGUAUCAUCGCCUCCAUCCGCAGCCCGGAGGCGGACUGCGUGCGGGCGGGUCAGGACCAGCUGGCCCAGCUGUGGGCUCUGCUGUGGGCCGAGACGGAGCGCAGGCAGCUGGUCCUGGACGCCAUGUACCAGGCCCAGCAGUACUACUUCGACACGGCCGAGGUGGAGGCCUGGCUCAGCGAGCAGGAGCUGCACAUGAUGAACGAGGAGAAGGGCAAGGACGAGCCGAGCACGCUGCAGCUGCUGAAGAAACACUUGGUCCUGGAACAGACCAUCGAGGACUACGCCGAGACCAUCGGCCUGCUGUCGCAGCAGUGUCGACAGCUGCUGGAGAUGGGACAUCCCGACUGUGAGCAGAUCAGUAAGCGCCAGUCGCAGAUCGACCGUCUGUACGUGUCUCUGAAGGACCUGGUGGAGGAGAGGAAGAGCCGUCUGGAGCAGCAGUACUGGCUCUACCAGCUGAACCGGGAGGUGGACGAGCUGGAGCAGUGGAUCGCCCAGAGGGAGGUGGUGGCCAGCUCGCCCGAGCUGGGCCAGGACUACGAGCACGUCACCGUGCUGCAGGAGAAGUUCACCGAGUUCGCGUCGGAGACGAGCAGCGUGGGUCAGGAGCGGGUGACCGCCGUCAACCAGAUGGUGGACGAGCUGAUCGACUACGGCCACGCCGAGGCCGCCACCAUCGCCGAGUGGAAGGACGGCGUGAACGAGGCCUGGGCCGACCUGCUGGAGCUGAUGGAGACCCGCGCUCAGAUGCUGGCCGCCUCGCACCAGCUGCACAAGUUCUUCUCUGACUGCAGAGAGGUCCUGUCCCAGAUUGAGGACAAACAUCGGAGGCUGCCGGAGGUGCGAGCUCGCCAGGGUGGCACUGCCAACACGAGCACCCUGCAGAGACUCAUGAACAGCUUCGAGCAGGACAUACAGCUGCUGGUCACACAGGUGCGUCAGCUGCAGGAGAGCGCCGCCCAGCUGCGGACGGUAUACGCCGGGGAGAAGGCCGAGGCCAUCGCCAGCCGCGAGCACGAGGUGAUGCAGAGCUGGAAGGAGCUGCUGACCUCCUGCGAGGAGUGUCGGGUGCAGAUCACCACGGCGACGGACAAGCUGAGGUUCUUCGGCAUGGUCCGAGAUCAGAUCAUGUGGAUGGAGUCCAUCAUCUGUCAGAUCGGCACGGGAGAGAAGCCCAGGGACGUGUCCUCGGUGGAGGUGCUGAUGAACUACCACCAGAGUCUGAAGAGCGAGGUGGAGGCGCGCAGCCGGAGCGUCCUGGAGUGCAUUGAGAUGGGAAAGACCCUGCUAGCCGCCAGAAACCCCGCCGCUGAGGAGAUCAAGGAGAAGCUGGACAGGGUGGUUGCUAAGCAACAUGAGCUGUCUGAGAAGUGGGACAAGCACUGGGAGGUGUUGCAGCACUUGUUGGAGGUGCACCAGUUUGCCCAGGAGGCGGUGGUGGCGGAGGCGUGGCUGACGGCCCAGGAGCCCUUCAUCAACAGCAACGAGCUGGGUGAGAGCGUGGACGAGGUGGAGCAGCUGAUUCGCCGCCACGAGGCGUUCCGCAAGGCCGCCGCCACGUGGGAGGAGCGCUUCAGCUCGCUGCGGCGGCUCACCACGGUGGAAAAGUUGAAAGCAGAGCAGAGUAAACUCCCCCCGACCCCGCUUCUGGGCCGUAAAGUCUUCCUGGACCCCCAAGACGCCUGCCCGAGUCCCUCGAGCCUCGCCCGUCUCCCGCUCUCCCCCGUCAUGAGACAAACCAUCUAUGAGCAGAACGAAGUCAGCUCCCCACCCUCCCCCUCGCCGGCCACUCCUUCGCCCUCCCCUUCCUCUGUGGCUCGCCGGCUGGGCUCGAUGGUCGCCAACUACACACCGGUGAUGAACGGUUCCAGCUACCGCCACGUCCUGGACGGCCGGCACAGCGGCGUGGUGGGAGUGGCCGCGGGGCUGGGCCAGCCCGCCGCCUCCUCCAUCGCCUCGGUCGCCACAGCGGCCAUGCUGGUCUCGGCCAACCAGGCGCGAGAAAGCGCCAGCAUGGUCAGAGACCAAGCAAUGAAGGCCAUGGGUCACAUGACCCAGCAGGUCCAGGCGGUCAGCGAAGUGGAGGUGAAAGCGUCCCCGUACCUCCGGCAACCCAAGAUCAAACACAUCGACGACGUGGUGACGCCGCUGAUCGUGGCGAGCCGGCUGGAGAAAGCGAGGGAGAGGGAGAGAGAGAGGGAGCUGAUGAUGGGAGAGAUUGGCACAGAGAGGGGGGAGGUGGCGGUGAUGGCGGAGGUGGUGCUUCAGGAGCCCAGCAGGGAGAGGCUGCACAGCGAGCCCAGCAGGGGGUCUCGCAGCUCAGGCAGGACUGACCUUUUGGCCCACGCCGAGCCGCAGGUCCAGGCCCACACCUACCACAGGGACCACAGGAUAGAGCGGCAGCUGUCCAGCGAGCAGCUGAUCCAGGCUCGCAGGGACGAGCUGCCUCAGGAGGUGUGGAGGGAACAGGCGGAGCGGCGGGAGAGACGGACGCUUGAAAGACAAACCUCUAGCGAGCAGGAGGGCCAAGGCCAAGGCCAAGGCAGCCACGAGGGCCGGCGGAGAGAGAGGGACCGACACCGGCUGGAGAGGCAGGAGUCCAGCGAACACGACACCGGCAAGGAGCACUCAGACAGACGUUCAGGAGGAGGAGAAAAGAGAUCCACCCUGGCAGACAUUGUAGAACAACUGCAGGAGAGAGAGGCAGCGCAGGCCCGCGGCGAGGUGCCCCGCCUGCCUAACGGGGUACCAGAGAAGUCUUCCCGUCCCGACCGGCCUCGAGCACGGGACAGACCUAAACCACGGCGCCGUCCACGACCCAAAGAGCCGGGAGAGACGACGCGGCGGUCCCGGUCUGCUCCCGCCCAAAGCAGCCCGGCCGUGGCCCAGCCCCCGACACACACUGCACACCACGAGGGCUUCCUCUUCCGCAAGCUGGACAUCGAGACCCUGAAGAAGAGCGCUAACAGCAGGUCAUGGGUCAACUUGUACUGUGUGCUGAACAAAGGCGAGAUGGGCUUCUACAAGGACGCCAAGAACACCACCACGCCCUACAACAACGAGCCGCUGCUCAACCUGUCCCACUGCAACUGCGACGUCACCAACGGAUACAAGAAGAAGAAGAACGUCUUCACGCUCAAAACAAAGGAUGGCAGCGAGUUUUUGUUCCAUGCAAAAGAUGAGGAGGAUCUCAAAGUGUGGGUGUCCAACAUCACCGCCAGUAUUUCCGAACACGAGGAGAUUGCCAAAUGGGGUCAGCCCCAGCCAACUACCUCAUCCACUGACGAGGGCACGCGCCGCGACGGCAGCAAGGCGGACAACAGGUCAGAUCGAGGCAGCGAGCGGCCCGAGCGAGAGAGGGAGCGAGAGAGAGAUAGAGAUAGAGAAAGAGAAAGAGAUAGGGAUAGAGAUAGAGAAAGAGAACGGGAGAAGGAGAAGGAGAGGGAGCGAGGCGAGCGGUCGGAGAGGUCAGACAGGGGCGACAAGUUGGACGUUAAGCGCGCGGAGAAGUCCAGCAAGAAGAAGUGAAACGGGCGGCGACUUCCCUCGGACCGCAGCGUGUGAACUCUGGAGGGAGGGGGGGGUCGCAGACUGGUACCGCACACCCCCUCCCUGUCUCUCUCUCUCUGUCUCUCUCUCUCCAACACCGUCUCCGGAUGGGUUGUGUUUGGAUUGAAAGCUCCACACAGGACAGCGGCUCUGACCCGGGACCCCUCGUACCACAAGGCAGUGUGAGUUUGGAGCGGGAAGCGUCUCUCUGUCUCUCUCUCUUCCUCUCUGUCUCUCUGUCGGGACAAAGACAGGCAUUGACGCUCUGCCUGCGCCCCCUGUUGGCCGUUUCAUGUAACUCCAAGAGGGCAGGUUUCACGUCGAAACCGCGGGGUGGCAUCACGCGAGAGACGGACGGGACCCGCAUCACGUUAACUUGAAGGCUGUUAUUAAUUGCUGGUAGUGCGAAAACGUAGCUCAUACUGUUUCAUGUUUGUUUUUUCUAUGAGAUGAGCUGUAUCUGUAUGUACUUCUUGUCUGUCUGUCCUAUCUAGCUAUCUGUCUGUCUGUAAGUCGAGACAUCCUACACUAUGUCUUUAUUACUCCUCAGAAAUCGAAAGAGAAUGAAAUUAUGCCAAAACGUUUUACACAUACAAACUUGGAGAAAUGUCUGUUUGGUUUGGUUUUGUUGUUGUUGCGUUGUUUGUUUCCAUCGACAUUUUUCUUCACGUUACUCCGCCUGUCUCCAGGUCUGGCCUCUGCCAUGAAAAGAAAUGUGGAUAGGAACCAAACAGCACCGACACUGCGUUCAUCCAGACUCCCUGAGGAGCAGCCACAGUGCUGAUCACAGGGAGGCAGAGUCUGAUCAUGUAGGACAGAAGAAGAGUCGAGGAGCGAGCAGAGUCCAAAUGACAAAACGUGCAUGUAGAAAGAAGGAAAACUGUGAUCGCCCCUCCGAAAUGAAUUGGAACUUCGUAUCUCGAGGCCUGAGAUCCUGAAAAACAAAGCAAAUAAGAGUUUCAUCCGUGAAAUUUUCUUACAUCUAAUCUUCAAAUCAGCACCUAGACAAGGACACAAAGCAGCGUCCCGUCCAUCUGACAGAAGACUCUGGACUCCAGGGGCCUCAUUUAUGAAAGAUUAUGUGCAAUAAAAGAUAUUUGCAAUGACCAUUAAAAAAAAAAAAUCUAAUAAACAAAUAAAGUUAGACCUGUAACACUCACACUCCUGCAACCGUACAGGUUUAGAUUUCGGUUUUGAUAUGUCCAAAAUAACUUGAACAAACCAGUGUAACCUGCUGAUUUUGGCAUCAAGACAUUUUUUUUAAUAACUUGCCUCUUUGACUUGGGUUUGCUCCGUCUUUCUAAAUGAGGCUGCUGGUGUUUAACAGCCUCGUCCUCUUCUGCUGUCUCACCUCAGAUAGGAAGCAAGACACAAUCCAGCUCUCAUUAAUUCAUCCACAAAAAAUGUUAAUACCUUUUUAUAUGUAAUUUAAGGAUGUCUGUGUGUAUGUGUGUGUGUGUGUGUGUGUGUAUCUGCGCGCCCGCUGCUGCUCUCCGCUCCCAGGGUCUCCAUAGCUCUCAGGUGAUUUAUGUUACUGUGUGCUUAUCGUGUGCUUCACGUUAACAUGUUUGUCCCCUCAGUUACACCUCAGUCUUCCAGACAUGCCAGAGCUCCACACACACACACACACACACACACACACACACACACACGCACACGCACACAGGAACUCAGCAGAUUUAAAAUAUCAAAGCUUACACAUCACUCAUGCAACUGAGUUUAACCGUCCACCAAACUGUCCAGAUCCACAUCACACUGAUGUGUAGUCAGAAAAGGAAUGAACGAAUAAAUGAAUGAAUGAAUGAAUGAAUGAAUGCAUGAAUGAAAAAGGAAAUCCCACGGUGUACAUGCACCAUAUCUAACUGACCU